ACGACUGGUUCUCGGCCAGUUCGUUGAGCUUUAUGUCCCAUUCCAGCACUCUCGUACUCCUGAUUGAACCUGUGUGUACCGACCUUCGUCCGUUCUCCGACCAACCUUUCAGCGGAAGAGUCAUGAUUUUCUUUCAGGGCAUUGUUUUGUGUUUUUUUGUCUCAGACCUGCACUCGUCUGCCGUCCAUGCACUUGAAAUGUGUCAGACUGCCUGGUUUGAUGAUGGAGAUGUUUCAGAAGACGGUGACUCUGAGCUCUUGACUGACUUGAGAAGGAAACAUGGGACCAGGAUCUGUUCGGAUCCAGUAGACAUGGAGACCCAGACCGUUGCCGGGAUCAAGUCUGAGCACACGACGAACAUCUUCCACACGCACAGUCCGUCGGAGGGCCUUUUGUGCCUCAACAGAGAGCAAUUCGGGAGCUUGUGUGUCGAUUACAAGGUCAAGUUCACCUGUUCCGGACAGUUUUGUUCUGAGUGCCAGACGGGCUGGUUUGACAUGGAUGACCCGGAAGGGCAUGGAGACUUUGAGCUCCUCAGUGACCUCCGCCAGAAGUACCCCGGAAAGAUCUGUCAUCAGCCAGUAGCCAUCCAAGUCCAGACCGUUUCUGCCGAGUCUGCCUCCAGUACGCCGGAGACAUUUUUAAGGUUAGACGCUGCCUACGGAUUUGCUUGUGUGAAUGCAGAUCAAACUGACAAGAGCUGUGAAGACUACAAGGUCAGGUUCACGUGUCCCAAAGAGUUUUGUCAAAAGUCACAGGAGUGUCGCACACAAUGGCUGGAUAGUGAUGACCCAUCAGAUGAGGGUGACGUGGAGUCCUUGUAUCGGCUCCUGAAGACUUACCCUGGACAGGUCUGCAGAAAUCCAAUCCGGAUAGAGGCCAGGACGACAAACGGAUUGUCUUCCGAACUCACUGGAGACGUCUUCCUCUCCAAUGAUGUGACCUUUGGCUUUGCAUGCAUCAAUGAGAAUCAGCCGACUAACCAACAAUGUGCAGAUUAUGAAGUGAUGAUGACGUGUCCCUCCGAUUUCUGUCACAUGACAGGUUGCAGGACUCGCUGGUUCGAUCUGGAUGACCCCACCAGCGAUGGCGAUUAUGAGACCCUCGUCGAGCUGCAACGGGUCAACGCCGCUGAGGUUUGCCCUCAGCCUGUGGCAGUGGAGGCCAUGACAACAUCUGGCAUCCCGGCACAUGAGACAGGCGACGUCUUUCAAAUGUACGAUGCCACUCACGGCUUUGCUUGUGUGAAUCGUGAACAACCGUCGGAGAAGCAAUGCCAGGACUACCAAGUCCGAUUAACCUGCCCACCCGCCUUCUGCUCCAUCUGAACCGGCAAUCUUGCAACUUUUACAUUAGUCAAGCAGAAGGAGCUCGCACGUCAUCAGCUCUCAGUUUUGAUUUUGAUAGCAUUCUU